AUGUCCUGGAAAGACGUGAACCGCCAUAAGUGCAUUCUGCGCGACGCCGAAGUCGGCCAAUAUGGUGUCAUUGCUGCCAUCGCCUACAACAUUGAACAAGUCCUUGGUCUUGUUAAGGCUGCUGAGGCUGCUCGCUCCCCCCUCAUCAUCCAAUUUUUCCCUUGGGCGAUUGAGGUCACAGAUGGCUUACUAGUGCGGACAGCUGCAGAUGCUGCCCACCGUGCGAGUGUGCCCAUCAGUAUCCACCUCGACCAUGCACAGUCAGAAGCUACCAUCAAACGGGCGGCUGAUCUGCCCUUUGAUAGUAUUAUGGUUGACAUGUCGCACUACGAGAAGGAAAUCAACUUGAAGAAGACCCGGGAGUUGGUGCAAUAUUGCAAUGAGCGCCAGAAAGCCACCGAAGCCGAGCCAGGUCGCAUUGAAGGAGGGGAGGAUGGAGUCAUGGACACUGCGGGGCUGGAGGCAUGUAUGACGACCGCAGAAGAGGUGGAUGAGUUUGUCAACACGGGUGUGGAUGUGCUGGCCCCGGCAUUUGGGAAUGUCCACGGUGAAUAUGGCCCCCGCGGCGCACAAUUGGAUUUUGAGAGGUGGGUAUUCAAAAAGAUUCACAGUCAGGCGAACGGAAGAGUUAAUCUGGCACUUCACGGCACCAACGGGUUUGCUCCAGAGCUCAUGGUGCGCUGCGUGGCCGCUGGGGUGACCAAGAUCAACGUGAAUCGACUUGUGUUGGAUGAAUACUAUGACCACCUUCAAGCAAACAUGGGCAAGAUGCCACACACGCAGCUUAUUCAGGAGGGUAUUCAAAAGGUGGCGGAUCUGACCAUCAAGUGGAUGGAGAUUUGCGGGUCUGCAGGAAAAGCGUGA